UCUACAGGUGAUCAUGUGUACAGGAAAGUGGGCUAAGUGCACAGCAGACCUGCUGUUCCCACUGGCUCUGUGUUGCAUUGUAGCCAAUAUCCUUCUGUUUUUUCCCAAUGGAAAGGUGUGGAGUACAAAGAAGAUCACGGAGGCUAUCUGGUACUUACCUGGAAUCAUUGGAGGAGGAAUUCUGGUGUUCUUACCUGCUUCACUAAUAAGGGCAGUUGGGACAGAGGGAAGCUGCUUUUCUAACAGAUGUGGGAUGAUGCUUUCCAUGGUGAUGUCUGGUUUGGGGGUUGCUGGAACACUCUAUUGUAUUCUAGUCUCUGUGGUUGGGUUGCAGGAUGGCCCCCUCUGUGACACAGGAGAUGGCGUGUUUAUCUACCCUUUCUCCAAUCAGACGUUAAAUGAGAGUUACUUGUUUAAACAGGAAAUUUGGGAGGUGUGUGAGCAGCCAGAAAACGUGGUUCUGUGGAACGUGGUUCUAUUUUCAAUUUUAUUGGGUGUGGGAACCCUGGAGGCAGUGCUCUCCCUUACACAGGUGACCAAUGGGCUUGUGGGAUGCCUUUGUGGAACCAGCAUGAACCACAGACAGGCUUCUAUGGAUUAA